CAAUGGCGGCGGUGCCUGGUGUCUCUCUGCAGAGCGGCAGCCCUGCGAGAGAACUGCCAAUCUCUGCCCAACCUGGGGGGAACCAGACCCAUGGAGAUCGGAGCAAAACCGAGGAGGGCACAGUACAAGAGAAGCAGGGUCGCAUGGCUGUUCUGCUCGAGAAGCUUCAUGCCAAACACAAUGCCUCGCGGCCGUGGCAGGAAACCUGCAAAGUGGUGCGUCAGGCCAUGGAGAAACGCGGUGCGAUGAACGCCACCGGUCACCAGCUCCUGCUCACCUGUCUGGAGACGCUACAGCGAGCACUGAAAGUCUCAUCGCUGCCUUCCAUGACAGAUCGCCUGGAAUCCAUUGCUCGACAAAACAUGCUGGGCUCUCACCUCAGCCCAUCAGGGACAGAGUGCUACAUCACGUCAGACAUGUUUUAUGUGGAAGUGCAACUGGACUCCAACGGUCAGCUAGUGGACGUCAAGGUGGCUCAUCAGGGAGAAAACCCCACGAGUUGUCCUGAGCUGAUUCAACAUCUGAGGGAGAAAAACUUUGAAGAGUUUUCUAAACAUCUGAAGGGACUGGUCGAGUUAUACAAGCUCCCUGGGGACAAUAAGUUGAAAACCAAGAUGUAUAUUGCACUGCAGUCUUUGGAGCUUGAUCUCACCAAGAUGAUGCACAUGUUUAGGUUAGCAACCAAUGCAAAUGCAGUGGAGACGAUUCUUCACGGCAGCGUGGGCUUGCUGACGGCCAGGAGUGGUGGCCAUCUUGUUUCUCUUCAGUGUUACGUGUCCCCUUAUGACAUAUUUGAAGAGGGAACCGGCACACAGCUCAACUUAACAGACAUUGUUCCGCGCUCUCUGGGUGUUGGUGUGUCUGUGACAAUUGAGGGCACCUCCGCCAUCUACAAGCUCCCAAUCGCUCCACUCAUCACUGGAUCCCACCCAGUGGACAACAAGGGGACACCUUCCUUUUCCACCGUGACCAACUCCAACUGCGUGGACCUACCAGCUUGUUUCUUCCUCAAGAUGAACUGCCCCAUGCCUUUCUCACUCUCCUUUAUUCAGAGAAUGGGGAAUGCUACUUCAAUCCCAGUGUUUGAGACGCCUCCCAGCCUCUCACCUCUGUACCAGUUAAUUGUCCAGAGCCAGCGCCAUCUCUUAGAGGAGGGCAGCUCCGCACCACCACCUUCCCACAACACGCACUUCUAUUCUGUGUUGCCAGAUCAGCAGCACUGUUACUACCUGAACGGUGACGCCCCGGUGCAAGAUGGUCAUUCUCUCCAAGGAGUGCUGGUGACUAAGAUCCCCUUCCGCCACCCAGCACAAGUGCCACUCCUGUUGGAUAUAAUCCGGCAUCAGGCGACCUAUAACAACUUGAUUGGCAGUUGUGUGAAAAGGACUUCCAUCAAAGAAGAUAGUACCGGCCUGCUGCAGUUUGAAGUAUGUCCUCUGACUGACUCGAGUUUCAGCGUCUCUUUCCAGCAUCCAGUCAACGAAUCAUUAGUCUGUGUGGUGAUGGAGGUGAUUGACUCCAGACAGGUAUCCUGCAAGUUAUAUAAAGGACUGUCAGAUGCCCUGAUCUGCACAGAUGAAUUCAUCACCAAGGUGGUCCAGAGAUGCAUGUCCAUCCCUGUAACCAUGCGGGCCAUUCGGAGGAAAGCAGAGACCAUCCAGGCAGACACUCCAGCCCUCUCGCUAAUAGCACAAACAGUGGAGAUCAUGGUGAAGAACAAUCUACCACCCUCCAGUAGUCCAGCCUACAAUAUGGCAGCAGGCGAUGGAACUAAUCCGAUGGGACUGCCUGGACUCACAGGUGGCAACACACCAACAGGAGGACCCCCCGGGGGCCCCAAUUUUGCAGGUCCAAAUAUUUCUCUGUUUGGGAUGUCCCGAACAGAGAGGCAAGCCCAAGGAGGAGAGUGCCUCGCCCAGGGAGGGGUGGCGGGCCAGCAACAGUUGCAGCAGCAGCAACAACAACAGCAGCAAGGCCAGGCUAAUACAGAUGACUACAACAAAGUCACCCAGAAUCCCAUCCUGACAAGUUUAUUACAAACAACUGGAAGUGUGGGUUCUAGUCCCAGCUCCCAGAAUGCACCACAACCUCAUCAAACCCCACCACAAACAUCCUCGCCUGCCAGCAAUACUAAGAAUCAUCCUAUGUUGAUGAACUUGCUGAAAGACAACCCCACCCAAGACUUUGCAGCACUGUACGCUUCCAGUCCAUUAGAGAGGCAGAACUCCUCCUCUGGCUCCCCACGCACCGAUGGCCUGGGUGGAACCUGUCCUGGAGGAAGCGCCACAAAAGGGAAGAAAAAGCGCCCACGGACGAUGGAGAAAGGGGGCAUGUUACCUGGAGCUGCUGCAGGUGGUGGUAUAGGUAUGAAAGGAUCUUCCAUGCAACCGAACCAUCCAGCCACGCACGAGGAUGAUUUCCACCGUGAGCUCCUUUCUAUGGAUGUGGACGCUUCUCAAAAUUCCAUUUUCGAUGUGAACCUGACAGGUGAUGGUCUAGACACGCCCCACAGCAUCACCCCGGCACCAAGCCAAUGUGGAACCCCGCCCCCUGGCCCCGGGAUGCCUUAUUCACAGUCUCAUGUCCAGUCUCAGCAGCAGCAGCCACCGGGUACUGCACCGCCUCGAAUGGUCCGCCUCUCCAGCUCUGAUAGUAUCGGACCCGAUAUCACAGAAAUCUUGUCGGAUUUACCUGAGCAGACGGGGAAAAGCAGCGGUGGCAGCCAUGGGCAGCAUCCCAUGGGCAGUGGUGGGGAAGAUGGAGGCCCCCUGGGUACACCCAUCCGUGACUCCUCCAGUUCGGGUCAGGGCAGCGCAGUGUUUGACUCGGCAGACAUUUUCAAUACCAACAGCAAUGAGAAUCCUUUCACAGAUGCUGCUGAUCUGAUUGCAGAGGCGGCUGCAACUGUGGCCACUCCCACCAGCGAUUCCUCUUCCACCAACUUUUUCCCUGAUGCUGCCGACUUCAACCCUGACCUCUUGACCUCUGGCCAUGGCUUCCCCCAGAAUUACUUUGAUGACAGCUCUCCAAGCGCCGAUGGAGACAUGGACCUGGUUAAAGGUUUUGGCGGAAGCAGCCAGCAAAACACCCCAGCAGGAACACCUCAGAAUCCCACUCCACAUGGGCAGAGCACCCCAGAGCCCUCAGUGAAGGAACCUUUUGACAUAGGAAUGGUUUUUGGAGGUAACAAUGGUGGUGGUAAACCACUUAUGGGGCAAGCUCCGGAUUUGGGAGACACACAUGGCACAGGGUCUCCGAGUCCGCACAUAAUGGGCCUAGUAGCGGCUUGUGGUGACUUUACUGAACCCAAAGUUAAACAGCAGCAGGGACUUAUGCGUCCAAAGGAGGAGAAUGGAGGUAGUGGAGGGAGCAGCUCUGGGAUGGGAAUGGGAAGCAGUUCAACAGAGGGAAAACAGGUCAAGCGUAGCAGGACGCCGUCCAGUGAGGGAAAGUCCAAAGAGAAACCUCCCAAACGCAAAAAGCUUGACCCUGAUGGAAAGUCGCCCUCUCACAGCUCAGGUGGGCGACCAUACACACCCCCUAGUGGUGGCUCCGGCUCUGGUGGAAGCAUAGGUGGAGGAGGCUCCAAGUCCCCCGGUAGUUCAGGUCGGUCUCAAACUCCUCCCGGUGGUGCCGCACCUUCAACUCUCAAAAUCACAAUUCAGAUCCCAAAAGGGACCAUCACUGGGGGGAAGACUUCAUCCCAUAGUGGAUACACCUCCAGCAGCUCAGCCACAAGCAGCACCGGGGGGGCAAGUGGAACCAGCAGCGGCAAAAGCCAUCAUUCUCACUCCUCUUCCUCUGGGAAGAUUAAGUCCAAGGAAGGCUCCAUGACCCAAGGUAACAGCUCCAAGCCAGGGAGUGGUGGAGUAGGCGGUGGAGGUGGGCCCCCCCAGUCUAAAGGGUCCUCCCAAGGGUUGGGCGCUGGCAAACCAGGAUCCUCCCCAAUCACUAAACAUGGGCUCUCCGGACCUGGAGGUAGUGGAGGUGGAGUUGGAAGUGGUAGUAAAGUUAAACCGCAAGGGGGCAAGCCUUCUGGAUCUCUUAUGAAUCCCAACAUAAAGCCCAACAUCUCCCCUUCGCACUCCCGCGGCUCUGGUGACAAAAUGUCCUCCCCUAUGAAAAUGCAACAGUCUCAGGUUCCAGGAACACCUCCCUCCUCCAAGGCUAAAUCUCCUAUGGGCUCAGGAGGAGGCAGUUCUGGAGGGUCCAAGUCGUCUUCAGGUGGAGGCAUGAGCUCCCAGAAGCCCAUGGGUGGGGGCUCCUCUGGUGGCUUAUCGUCCUCCUCAUCCUCCAGCUCCUCUUCAUCUGGCUCCAUGGCAUUCUCGGGAGGCCCCCAGGCUCAGUAUGGUAGUGGGGGAGGUGGAGGUGGAGGGGGAGGUGGUGCAGGAGGGGGAAGUGGAGGCAGUGGUGGAGGAGGAGGAGGAGGUGGAGGUGGAAGCGGUGGCGGGGCUGGUCAGAACAACGCAAAUAACCCCAACGCCAAAGGAAAGUCUCCCAGCCGAAACAAGAAACCCUCUCUCACGGCAGUCAUAGACAAACUGAAGAGCGUAGGUGGAGGAGGAGUGGGGGAGGAUGGGUGUGAGGUCGGGCCACCGGCAGGGGGAACUGGUUCGGGAUCUGCCCCUGGUGGUGGUCCUGGGAAUGUUCCCAGCAGCGGACCUUCAAACAUGGGUCCUUCCAAGCACGCUUCCUCCUCCCAAAGCGGGGAGUACAAACGUGAAAAGUCUGAUAAAGAAGCAAAAGCAAAAGUGUCUGUUACCGGGGGGAAUAGUGGAGAUAAAAAGAUGAUGGAUCCAAAAGCAGGAGGGUUGGGCACGACCAGUCUGGCCAAAAUUAUCAUAAGCAAACCUGAUGGUGGCUCACCGAGCAUCAAAGCCAAAGGGACUCUUCAGAAAUCAGGAGAGGGAUCUGGUGACUCGAUGCGUCCCCAAAUAUCCAGCCUGAAGGCGUCCCCCCUCUUCAGUGGCUCCACCCCCAAACAUGACCGCUCCUCCCCGAGCCACAGCCGCUCGCCAGGAUACACGCCGCUCAACCACGACAGCGAGAGCGAGUCGGGCAGCAGCUCGGUGGCCGAGAAGUCCCACCACAACAGCCCCAGCUCGGACGACGACCAGACCAUGCGCCCGCUUCCGCCCCAGGACUACAUGAGCUCCAUCUCGCUGAGCUCGGGGGAGAAGCACAAGAAACACAAGAAGGAGAAGAAGAAGAUGAAGGAGAGGGAACGGGAGAGGGACAGAGACCGUGAGCGGGACAGGGACAAGGAGAAAAAGAAGUCAUCGAUGUCCAUGGGGACAAUCGCGCAUCCGAUAAAACCAGACAGUUGGUCUCGGUCACCCAUCUCGGCUUCAGAUUCAUCUCUGUCUAUGUUGGGUUCCGAGCGUCAGUCCCGGCCCAGUCCGAUGUAUAUGAGAAAUGAAGAUGAUGACCUCAUGGACUCAGCCCUGACUGGCAACCUUUAGUUUUACUUAUAGAUGCUCUUUUUAUUUUGAAACUCUUCCUCUCACAUUUCAACUCAUGCCUUUUAAAUACAAAUUAAACUGCUAUUUAUUUAACUCGACCUACACGCUGGAUCUGGAUAUCAGAAUACUGUGGCUUCACACUGAGCCGUUACAUCUCUAUUUUAAUCUCAUAUUUUACUAUUGGACUAUCGGUGAUUGAUGUUAACAUUCAAAUCCACCAUAUGAUACCAACCCCCUUAAGCUUCAUUUUUAAAGGUGUAUUUUUGGAGAAAUUUACAUUUUGUUUUCUAUAACAUCACUAAAUGUUACUUUGUUCAUGUUAUUUUAUCCAUCACUGUUCAUACUUUGUUGUAAUUCAUACCAGAAUACUGAAUGUUGUCAAAAUAAGUUUGUCUGUUGAAAAAGAAAAAAAAGUAUUGUAAAGGAAGAAAGUUGCAGUGUUCAGUUGCCUUGAUUUUUCAGAUACGUUGGAGAAUUUUUAGAUUUUGAUACAUUUUAAAUCACUGAUGUAUAAAUAAUUGUAGGUAAAGAAGGUGAGAGAAAAAUGGAAAUGAUGCAAAAGACAAAUGCUGGUAAUUUUUUAACUGUAGAAGUUUUUUGGAAGCUUGAAAUAAACAUUUCCCCUCUGGAAAAAGUUAAACA